AUGUUGUACCGCCAAUUUGCACCCUCCACAACGUCUCUGUCCGACGAGUACGACGAAGACGAGCCCUCCCAGUCCAACUUUUUCAAAGCCGACCAGCCCCUCUUCGCUACAGAUGCAGCCGUACACCCCCAUUGGUCCUCCUCGAACCAACCAGGGGCAUCUUCAAAGCGGGCCCUCAAGGCCCCGGCCAAGUCGCCUAUCAUGGACUUGCCGCCAGAAAUCCUCAUAGCCAUCCUCAAAUACCUCAGUUCCCCCCGCGACCUUCUCAAUGCCCUCAAGGUGUCUACGACAUGGUGCGAGUGCGCGGUAGAGCUCUUGUGGGUCAGGCCAACAUUUCCCCGAUACUCCACUCUCCAGAAGAUGGCCCGGUUAUUGAAGCAGUCGAAAUCCACUUUCCCCUACGCAAAGUUCAUCCGCCGUCUCAACUUCAUGACUCUCUCAUCCGAGCUCCGCGAUGAGACGCUCGCCGUGUUCAAUCGCUGCUCACGGCUGGAACGCCUCACGCUCACUGGCUGCAAGCUGAUCACCCCGACAUCCCUCGAACAAGUUCUCACUUGUUUCCCCAACCUCGUCGCUGUGGACCUCAGCGGGGUCGUAGAGACGACGACAGAGGUCAUCACCGCUUUCGCACCAGUCGCCAAGCGGUUGCAAGGCAUCAAUCUCAGUAACUGUAGCAAGGUCACAGACCCGGCACUAAUCGCCCUCGCUGAAAAUUGCCCCAUGCUGCGCAGGGUGAAGCUGAGCGGCGUCAACCUCGUUACCGACGCGGGUGUCUCAGCCAUUGUCAAGAAAUGCCCUCUUCUCCUCGAAAUCGACCUUCAUCAAUGCGAACUCAUCACAGACGUUGCCGUGCGGGACAUAUGGCUGUAUUCCACGCAUAUGCGUGAGAUGCGCUUGUCCCAAUGCACCGCUAUUACCGACCUCGCUUUCCCAGCCCUCAACUCGGCCGUCAAUCCCUUCCCAAGCAAUGACCCUAACGUCCUCCCCCCUCUGCAUGUUAAUCGCACCUUCGAGCAGUUGCGUCUGCUAGACCUUACAGCUUGCGCUAAUAUAACAGAUGACGCGGUCGAGGGGAUCAUUGCGCACGCCCCUAAGAUACGCAACCUCGUCCUCGCCAAGUGUACCGCCCUCACCGAUCGAUCCGUGGAGGCUAUUUGCGCGCUUGGCAAGCACCUCCAUUACCUCCACCUCGGCCAUGCAAGCAGAAUUACGGAUGCUUCUGUUAAGACUCUGGCCAGAAGCUGCACGCGGAUUCGUUAUAUCGAUUUUGCGAAUUGCAUUAAGCUUACGGAUAUGUCGGUCUUCGAGCUAUCGGCUCUUCCUAAGCUCCGCAGGAUCGGUCUUGUCCGCGUCACCAAUUUGACUGACGAGGCUGUCUAUUCGCUGGCGGAACGGCACGCAACGCUCGAGAGGAUCCAUUUGUCGUAUUGCGAUCAGAUUUCUGUUAUGGCGAUCCACUUCCUGUUGUUGAAACUCCACAAGUUGACCCAUCUCAGCUUGUCUGGUGUUCCAGCCUUCCGCAAUCCCGACCUUCAACAGUUUUGCCGCGAGGCCCCCAAGGAUUUUAACACGACUCAGAGGCAAAACUUUUGCGUCUUCUCUGGCAAGGGAGUCUCUCAUCUGCGAGCUUUCCUGACACAGUUGUUCGAUACCAUCACUGAGCAGAAUGGAACUGACGAUACCGAGUACGAAGAUGAAGAUGUUUUUCCGGAACCCUUCCAACGUGCACCGGAACCCGAAACUGGCGAUGGCGACGAAGAUAUGGUCGGCCCAGCAUACCACGUCAUCAGCCCCAAUGUCAACACUACUCGCGGUACCCGCUUUUCCCGUCAAGAGGCUAUCAGUCCACGUUCGUAUGAAGUCGCCUUACAGCAACGUGAAACUCAGCGCCGCGCUCACCGCACCUUUGCUGACGGCUUUUCUGCCAUGUUUUCUGCUGGUGGAAAUAUAGGUGUCACCACUGUCCAUGGUGCGGUGUCAGGGCCUCUCGACACCAACCGCAUCACCGUGGAACUUGACCCUCCGGACCGACUUCCUGUCGUAGAGCCGGUCUCUCCAGUAUCCCCUCCAGGGAAUUCGGCAGGGAUCACCAAUACAGAGCCGAGUGCGACUUCUGCAUCCUUCUUCCAGGGAUUCCAAGAGCCAGUCUUCGCGCCCAAUCAAGGGGCCCGGACACCAGAGCUACACUUCGCCGAGAUUGGGCACGGGCGAGGGGCAUCCGCUCAACACGUCGCUUCCCCAGGGUCUUCUCGCAACCAUGGUUCCCGGUCCUCAGCUCGCGAUCGUACGCCUCGACAGCCGCACGCCGCAAUCGCCGCUGCGAUCCACCAGUCUGCCCAUCGCGGACGAUCUUCUAACGCCCAUCGCCCAGUAUCAGAUCCGGGAUCGGUCUCUCUAGAUAUGAACGGUGAACGCGAAGGAUGGAGUCAGCAAGGCAAUGGGGUCGUUCUUCCUGGGCCAUCGAUCAGAGAGCUAGAAGCGUCUGUGCAAUCUGCCCUCAAUCCUUCCCCUUCGACGGCGCGUAACGGCCAGCGAAGGCAAACCGACGGUAGCCAUCGAGAGCGUCAGCGUGGACUGAGGGCCAGGGCUGGUAGAGACGGCGAAGAAGAGCAACACCAUCACCAUGGGGGAGGGGGGAGUAGUUCGAGAGGAAGAAGUGUGAGAAGGACCAUCCGGAAUGGACUAAAUGCUGCGGAGAAUUAUGCGAGCACGUUUUUGUUCGGGAGGCCUUGGACUGAAGAUGGAGGAUCUGGGCCAGGCCAAGGCUCGAACGGCAACCACUCAGUAAAUCAGAAUAAUGCUGGGUCUUCAACUACUCACGCUACUCAUUGGUUCGGCGGACGGUAA